CGGAAGCGACCACGCUCCACUGUAAUAUUUCGGUGUAUGUCGGCGUCGAUCAAAGAAUGUAGAAUAUACACCUGUAUACUGAGUGAGCGCAUAUAGUACCUGUUCCAAUUACCUGCAACUCUCGUGUUGCAUUGUUUAUUCAAAAAUGGCUGGAGAGGCCACGGAAGUAAAGAGUGAAGUGAAAUCCGUUCUGGAUAUACUGAAAGCACCUGGCGAUGAUGAGCAAAAAUUCGGCUUGUUGAUCGGCUUGAUUCAGGGAAAUCAGGUGUCCAACAAGGAUGUUGUCGACACAGUUCUGCACCUGUUGGUGGGAGGAGAGUUUGACAUUGAGGUGAACUUUGUGAUCCAGGAAGCACAGAACAUCCUGCACAUGCUGCAGCUGCUGAAGACAUGCCCAGUCACACUGCAGGCAGAGAUAUGGAGUGUGUUCACAGCUACUCUGAAGAAGAGCCGUCGAAACCUACACGCAUGUACAGAGGUGGGCCUGAUCGGCCGGGUGCUAGAACUGCUGGAGAGUUCAGAUGACAUGGUAGCAGACUUGCUGACUGACAUGCUUGGCUCACUAGCAAGUUACAGUAUCACCGUCAAAGAACUUAAAUCCCUCUUUACACUUCUGAAAACCAAAGAUGGGAAGUGGCAACGCCACUCCGUGAAGCUGCUGAAUGUACUGAGGCAGAUGCCCCAGAGGCACGGACCAGACGAGUUCUUCAGUUUCCCAGGAAAGAAGGGAUCGCAUAUUGCCUUGCCACCCAUCAAGAACUGGCCCUACCAGAAUGGCUGGACGUUCUCAUGCUGGAUCCGGCUAGAUCCAGUCACAGGGGUCAAUGUGGAGAGAGAGAAGCCAUUCUUGUUUUGUUUUCGCACCAGUAAGGGUGUUGGAUACUCUGCACACUUUGUUGGCGAGGCACUUGUCAUCACCUCCAUGAAGAUCAAGGGCAAAGGGUUCCAAAACUGUGUCAACUUCAACUUCGCUCCACGGAGGUGGUACAUGGUGACCAUCUCCCACGUGUACAACCGAUGGAGCAAGUCUGAGAUCAAGUGCUAUGUUGACGGACAGCUUGUAUCAUCAGCUGACAUGUCAUGGCUUGUCAGCACCAGUGAUCCAUUUGACAAGUGUUACCUGGGGUCCAGUUCCGAUGGCGACAUGGACCACAUGUUCUGUGGUCAAAUGUCCACUGUGUACCUGUUUAGUGAGGCCAUCCAGCCCCACCAGGUUGUGGCCAUGUACCAGCUUGGUCCAGGAUACAAGAGCCAGUUUAGGUUUGACAAUGAGAGUCUGGCCUCACUUAACGAUGCCGCCAAGAGGGUCCUGUAUGAUGGACGACUGACCAACUCCAUCGUGUUUAUGUACAACCCCAUCGCCUGUGACAGUCAGCUCUGUCUUGAGUCUUCACCUAAAGGAAAUCCCUCGUACUUCUUACAUUCCCCACAUGCUCUGAUGACACAGGAUGUCAAGGCUGUGAUCACUCAUUCCAUACACAGCACGCUCCACUCUCUGGGAGGGAUACAGAUCCUGUUCCCCCUGUUCGGGCAGCUGGACGCCCCAGUGGACCGAGGACCCAAGGAGGAAAGUGUGGUGGACAACACAACAUGUGCCUCCCUGAUGAGCCUGCUGUGUGAGCUCCUGGAGAGUUCCCUCAACAUCCAGCAGCAGUUCAUGCAGAACCGAGGGUUCCUCGUCAUCAGCUACCUGCUUGAGAAGUCAUCACGGGAUCACAUCACCCCGUCUGUGUUGGAGGCGUUCCUGAAGCUGACCAAGUACCUCGUGGAGCUCCCCACAGGGGGACUUCUUCUCAAGCACCUGUUUGACUACAUCCUCUUUAACCCAGCUCUGUGGGUACAUGCAACUGUCGAGGUCCAGACCAAGCUUUACUGUUACCUAGCAACAGAGUUCAUCAACGAUGCCAACAUCUACAACAACAUCCGCCGAGUGAGUGCGGUGUUGCAGACAAUGCACACUCUCAAGUACUACUACUGGGUCAUCAAUCCAAUGGACAGAAGCGGCAUCACUCCCAAGGGGCUUGAUGGAGAAAGGCCAACGCGGGAUGAGAUCGUGAAGCUGAGGUCGUUCAUGUUGCUGUAUGUGCGGGAGCUGAUACUGAAGGGGCAGGGGAUCCUGGAGGAUGAGCUACAGAGCAUCCUCAACUACCUCACCACCCUACACGAGGAUGAUAACCUGAUGGACGCCCUGCAGCUGAUGGUGCAGCUCAUGGCGUCCUGCAGAACAUCCAUGGAUUCCUCCAUGCUGCUGGGUUCAGCCAAUGAGGACAUCCGUAUCCACACACUGAAGCUGCUGGGCUAUUUCUUGAUGCGGAGCACCCACCGGCGGAAACAGGACGCCAUGACACCUCACAACCUGUUCUCCCUCAUCGGAGACCGACUCAUGCUGAAUGUCACCAACAUAUCUGUAGCCACCUACAAUGUGCUGUUUGAAUUGUUGACAGAGCGUAUGAGUUUAGAGAUUAUUCGCAACAAGCAUAUUGAGCCAGAAUGCCACUUCCGAAUUGAAAAUUCAGCUGUGCUGAAGGUGGUUGCGACCCUGAUCCGUCAGUCCAAGGUCACCAAGGAAGUGCUGGAAGUCAAGAGGAUGUUCCUAUCUGAUCUCACCAUCUUGUGCAACAACAACAGAGACAACAGGAGAUGUGUCUUCAAGCUGCUGGGCUCAGCCAAUGAGGACAUCCGUAUCCACACACUGAAGCUGCUGGGCUAUUUCUUGAUGCGGAGCACCCACCGGCGGAAACAGGACGCUAUGACACCUCACAACCUGUUCUCCCUCAUCGGAGACCGACUCAUGCUGAAUGUCACCAACAUAUCUGUAGCCACCUACAAUGUGCUGUUUGAGCUGUUGACAGAGCGUAUGAGUUUAGAGAUUAUUCGCAACAAGCAUAUUGAGCCAGAAUGCCACUUCCGUAUUGAAAAUUCAGCUGUGUUGAAGGUAGUGGCAACCCUGAUCCGUCAGUCCAAGGUCACCAAGGAAGUGCUGGAAGUCAAGAGGAUGUUCCUGUCGGAUCUCACCAUCUUGUGCAAUAACAACAGAGACAACAGGAGGACGGUGCUGCAGAUGUCAGUGUGGCAAGACUGGCUGUUCUCCAUGGCCUACAUCUACCCCCAGAACAAGGAUGAGGAGCGCAUCACGGAGAUGGUGAUGUCACUGUUCAGGAUGCUGCUACACCAUGCCAUCAAGUAUGAGUUCGGAGGUUGGAGAGUCUGGAUAGAUACUCUGGCAAUCUUACACUCCAAGGUUGCAUAUGAGGACUUCAAGAAGCACAUGACCAAAAUGUACCAACAGUACGAACAGCAGCGAUCUGACGAUAUCACCGAUCCCCAGGAGAGGAUGAACAGACCAAUCAGCACCAUCUCCGGGAUAUCGGACAAUCAGGUGGAGAAGCCUGUCCCCAAGUCCUCCGUCCAGAUUACUGAUGUCACUGACCAGGAGGCUGUGACCAAUGGGGAGAAGAGGGAAGGAGCAGACGGAUCUGAAGCGCAGGACAACAAGGGCGGAAAGUCUGGAGAAGGUGAUGCCAAAGGUGCCGAACCAAGUCCUGAUUCUGCAACUGAGGAGGCAAAGAAGAAAUACCCAGCUGAGAUUGUUGAGUUUGUUGAUGAUGUUAUAGACCAAGUUGUGACAAGAGUUGAAUCAAAACGGAACACUGACAAUGCUGCAAAUGGUGACCAAGGGGAGGCAACUCCAGAAGCAGCUUCUGCUGAAAGCAAUAAAACAAAUGAGGAAGUUAAACCAAGCGAAGAUGGUGCAACCCCAGCUGCCAAGAUAACCCGGACUCCGUCGACUACAAGCCGAGGGGGUGAGGAACGGCGAGGGGGACGGACUAUAUUCAGUCCCGGUCCUCGGGCUCCCCCGUUCAGGAUUCCUGAGUUCCGAUGGUCCUAUCUGCAUCAGAAGCUCCUGUCUGACUUGUUGUUUGCUGUGGAGACUGACAUUCAAGUUUGGAAGAGCCACAGUACAAAGAACGUGAUUGACUUUGUGAACGCAAGUGAGAACCACGUGUACGUGGUGAACGUGACCCACAUGAUCUCACAGCUGGCAGACAACCUCAUCACUUCCUGUGGCGGCCUCCUGCCCCUCCUGGCCGCAGCUACAUCGCCCAAUGGAGAGAUAGAGAUCCUGGAGCCCAACCAAGGACUCAGCAUUGAACAGGCAGUGUCCAUCCUGCAAAGAAUCAUGUAUAUGACAGACAUCCUGGUGUUUGCAAGCUCUACAAACUUUGCUGAGCUGGAGACCGAGAAGAACAUGCCCUCUGGGGGCAUACUCCGACAGUGCCUCAGACUUGUGUGCACUGCAGCAGUGCGGAACUGUUUAGAGUGUCGUCACCGCUACAACCCACGGACACCAACGGAAGCUACUCCUCCAACCACAGCUGCAGUCAAUGGUGUUGACCCCAUACAGUCUCUUAUAGAAGGAUCACAUCCUUCUGCCAAGAACAUUGUUGACAACCUGGCGGGUCAGAUGUCGCCCAUCAAGGACCCCGAGAAGCUGCUGCAGGAGAUGGACAUCAACCGUCUGCGAGCCGUGGUAUACAGGGACGUGGAGGAGACAAAACAAGCUCAGUUCCUCGCCCUGGCUAUUGUAUAUUUCUCAUCCGUCCUCAUGGUGUCCAAGUACCGAGACAUCCUGGAACCGCCCAGUCCCGAGGCCCACUCACUAGGUCGGCCAUCAACUCCCCUUCUCCAAUUCUGGCAAAAGCUCCAACCCCCCUCCAUUCCGCUCCUCAGUGACAAUAAUAUAUCAGGGGCCACAAGCCACCAAAAUGGUGGAGACAAGACCACCAAAAUACUCACUUCACAUAUGCAAAGUGCUGACACCGCCCCCAAAAUAGUGACCUCCCCCACCCAGAACAGUGAGACAGAGCCAGGAGCCACGAGAGUUGAAGAAGAAUCUUCAGCAGGGGACACAACUCAGGAGGAGGUUAGCGAGGAGACGCCUCCAACAACGAACGGAGGCAGUGAAGACCACGUCAACACCAGCAGUGAUGACGUCAGUCAGACAAACGUGGAAGUUACCGCUGAUGUCCAUACAGAUACACCAAAGGAUGGAGACUCGUCCACUGAGAAGACAGAAACAGUGGCAGAAGAAACACCUGAUAAGACUGAGGAAAAACCUGAUGAAACAAAGGUAGCAGAUGAACCUCAGGAAAAGAUGGAAGAAAGGAGCGAACCAGCUGGAGAAACAAAGGAAGAAACUAAAUCAGAGGAAGAAUCAAAAGAAUCAGCAACAGAUGAUAAAGCUGAAACCAAGGAAGAAGCAGAAAAGAAGGAUGAAGUACAGGAAAAAGAUGCACCAGAAGGAAAGGAUGCACCAGAAGGAAAGGUUGCACCAGAAGGAAAGGAUGCACCAGAAGGAAAGGAUGCACCAGAAGGAAAGGAUGCACCAGAAGGAAAGGAUGCACCAGAAGGAAAGGAUGAAGAAAAGAAAGAUGAAAAGCCUCAAACAGAGGACGACAAGCCUGGUGUUGAUGCUAAGGCAGCGGAAGUGGAAGACGCCACAAAGGAAGAAAAGACAGAAACUGUUGAGGAGAGUAAAGAGGUGGUGGAAGGAGAGAAGAAAGAGGAAGUAAAGGUGGAACAAGUUAAGGUGGAAGUGGAGGCUGAGAAGGUUCCUGCAGAAACAGACCAAACAGAUGCAGCUCCGGAACAGACCGCCAAAACUGUUGGAGAAGAUGAACAGACUGACACGCCACCAGAUGGCAGCUCUCUACCUAUAUCAUCCAUCAGUGUGACCGGAGCCGUCAGCAACAUUGAACACACGGCCACAACCAAACCCGACAAACUUGAACUGACCAACAAUAUCCCAGGGCCUCUGAAGAUAUUACCUCCCCUGGGUGAAGGUGGCAGUCUCACAGACCGGCUGGAGAGGGCACUUGGAUCGGUGGCGCCAUUACUGAGGGAAAUCUUUGUUGACUUUGCUCCAUUCCUGUCCAAGACUCUGAUUGGAUCCCAUGGACAGGAACUUCUCAUUGGAGGUUUGGUGACGUUGAAGCAGAGCACGUCUGUGGUGGAGUUAGUGAUGUUGCUGUGCUCGCAAGAGUGGCAGAACUCCCUCCAGAAGCAUGCAGGUCUUGCCUUCAUAGAGCUUGUCAACGAGGGCAGGUUGUUGGCUCAUGCGACACGGGACCACAUCGUCCGAGUAGCAAAUGAGGCAGAGUUUAUUCUGAACAGGAUGAGAGCUGAGGAUGUGCAGAAGCAUGCUGAAUUUGAGUCCCUGUGUGCCCAGACGACCGUGGACCGGAAGGAUGAGGAGAAACUGUGUGACCACCUCAUCACCUCCGCCAAACGCCGGGACCACGCCCUGUGCAAACUCCGCGAGAAGGUUGUGAACAUCCUCACCAACAAACACGGUGCAUGGGGAGAGAGAAACCAAGCGAGACGAGAGUUCUGGAAGCUGGACGUGUGGGAGGAUGACUCACGCAGGAGGAGACGUCUUGUCAGGAACAAUCUAGGAUCCAGUCACCCUGAAGCCACACUCAAGGCAGCUAUUGAACAUGGUGCUACCGAAGAUGCAAUAAACCAGGCUCGCGAUGCCCUCCACUCCCACCUGUCGUCACUGAAGAAGUCCCAGAAGGAGACAACGGAUUACACGGAUGAAGAGCUUCUCAUGGAGGAGAAGGAGUUUGACCAGGACUUCUCAGGUCCAGUUGCCUUAUCCACUCCAUGUAAGCUGAUAGCCCCGGUUACUGUAGCUGGCACUGUGUCCAUCACCAAAUCCGAGCUGUACUUCGAGAUGGAUGAAGAUGAAGCCGACAACAAGAACAUAGAUCAGAAGGUACUGGCGUACGUCGAUCAACUUCAUGGGAAAUGGAACUUCACCGAAAUACGCGCCAUCUUCUCACGGCGAUACCUCCUGCAGAACGUGGCCAUCGAGAUCUUCAUGUCCAACAGAACCGCUGUGAUGUUUGCUUUCCCAGACCAUUCCACCGUAAAGAAAGUCAUCAAUGCCUUGCCCCGUGUUGGAGUCGGGAUAAAAUAUGGACUUCCGCAGGCCAGACGGAUGUCACUUGCAUCGGGUAAACAGCUGUACAAGCUGUCCUCCAUGACCCAGAAGUGGCAGAGGAGGGAGAUUUCAAACUUCGACUACAUCAUGUACCUCAACACCAUUGCAGGUCGGACAUACAAUGACCUGAACCAGUAUCCGGUGUUCCCAUGGGUGCUGGUCAACUAUGACUCCGAGGAACUGGACCUGAGUCAGCCUGCCAACUACAGAGACCUCUCCAAGCCAAUUGGAGCGCUAAAUGAGACGCGGAAGGCGUACUUUGAGGAGCGGUACCAGAGCUGGGAGCAUGAUCAGAUCCCCCCGUUCCACUACGGCACCCACUAUUCCACUGCAGCAUUCACACUCAACUGGCUGAUCAGAGUGGAGCCGUUCACCACCAUGUUUCUCAACCUGCAAGAGGGCAAGUUUGACCACCCCAACCGGAUCUUCACCUCCAUCAGCCAGGCCUGGAAGAACUGCCAGAGAGACACCUCCGAUGUCAAGGAACUGGUCCCUGAGUUCUACUGCCUCCCGGAGAUGUUCAUUAACAGUAGCGGAUACAACCUCGGCAAACAGGAGGAUGGUGAAGUUGUCAACGAUGUCAUGCUUCCACCCUGGGCCAAAUCUCCCCAUGACUUUGUCAGGAUAUUGAGAAUGGCCCUGGAGUCGGAGUUUGUUUCCUGUCAGCUUCAUCACUGGGUUGACCUCAUCUUCGGCUACAAGCAGAAGGGUCCUGAGGCUGUACGCUCCACCAAUGUAUUCUACUACCUGACGUUUGAGGGUGCUGCCAACCUAGAAGCCAUGACGGACCCAGUUAUGAAAGAGGCCAUUGAAAAUCAAAUCCAAAGUUUUGGUCAGACCCCAACACAGCUCCUUGCAGAGCCUCAUCCACCUCGCAGCUCCGUCAUGCAUCUGCUAACCGAAAAGAUAAAGGAACGCAGAAGUAGAGGGCUAGUAAAGACGCCGAUGAUGUUCUCCAACGUCCAGGAUGAUGUCUGCAUGAUCAUGAAGUUCCUGUCCAACUCCCCCGUGACUCACGUCGCCGCCAACACCCAUCCAGCCGUCCCUGUCCCAGCCGUCAUCACCAUCACUUGCAACCACAACUACGCCAUCAACCGCUGGAACAACAACUACCAUCCCCAGAGUGCCAGCACCAGCUUCUCCUCUGACAAGCAGGACCCCCAGAAUCACCCCCAGCUGCCCCUCGCCAUGGACCAGUUGUUGGUGCUUAACACAGGCCUACAGCGGCGCAUAUUGGGAGACAACUUUGAUCAGAGACAGAAGGUGUCCCACUCAAGUUUCAUCACCACAGCAGACAACAGGUUCAUCUUCGCCAGCGGCUUCUGGGACAAGAGUUUCCGACUCUUCCAGUCAGAUAUAGCUCGGAUCCUGCAGGUUGUGUACGGCCACUUCGACAUCGUGACGUGCAUCGCGAGGUCCGAGUGCAACAUGAACCAGGACUGCUACAUCGUCACCGGCUCCAAGGACUGCACCGUCAUGGUGUGGAUGUUCAACUCCAAGAACCAGGCAGUCAUCGGGGACAACAGCAGUGUAGAGAACCCCACACCCAAGGCUAUCCUGACCGGCCACCAGACAGAGGUCACAUGUGUGGCUGUUCUAGCAGAGCUGGGCAUGGUUCUCAGUGGCUCCAAAGAUGGACCCUGCCUGGUGCACACCCUCGGGGGCGACCUGCUGAGGUCCCUGGACCCCCCAGAGUCCUGCUCGACCCCCAAUCAGAUUGUGAUAUCCCGAGAAGCUUUCAUCCUUGUCAACUACGACAAGGGCAAUCUGUGCAACUUCAGCGUCAAUGGACAACUUCUACGUUUCCUCAAACACAAGGACAAUAUACAUUCAAUGAUCCUGAGUCGAGAUGGCCAGUACUUGAUGAUGGGCGGUGACGAGGGCAUGGUGGAGGUGUGGCGGUCACAUGACUUCACGUUACUGUACACGUACCCCACCUGUGACAGCAGUAUACGCUCAUUGUCGCUCACACACGAUCACAAGUUCUUGAUAGCAGGAUUAGCAACAGGUUGUUUACUAGUAUUCAACAUAGAUUUCAACAAAUGGCACCAUGAGUACCAGGACCGAUACACAUAGUUCAGCCAUUAUGGAGUACACCACCGCUGACCCUGCCGACUGACCUGAUGUGUGACCUGUGACAUUAAUCUUGACCUUAAUGGAUGACGUUCAAGGUCAAAUGGAAGGGAUUACAUGCAUGAUCAAAUGUGUCGGUUCGUCUUAUAAUGCCGACUCCGAAACAUUGUCAAACAUAUCACACGGAUACUGCGGUUCCAGAAACCAAUAGAACGGUGUAUAACGGAAAUACAGCAUUGGUAGAACUGUGUGUGAGCCAGUGCAGAGAAUGUACAGGCUAGGAAGAGUAGAUAAACUAGUUAAAAUGGGAUUUCCUGUUGAAAAAUAUUAUGAAAUGUUAUGAUUUUUUUUUAAUUGCUUGGUUUGCAGAUCCAAAACCAACAUCAGUUAAAGUUCUUGAUUUGAAAACAAAAAUAUAUUCUUUUUCCAAAAAUUGAAUACAAUGGGCAUUACAGGACAGGAAGUUGUCCUUUACUUCAUCAGUC